AUGCUAUGCACAGUAACUCAGGUGGAGGAAGUGAAGAUCCUUGUUCGGAUGCUUCCAAUAUGGUUCACCAGCGUGUUCUACGCAGCUUCCAUGUGCCAAACGGCCACCACCUUCAUCCAACAGGGGAACAAAAUGAACACAAAGAUUGGAUCCUUCUCCGUCCCUCCUGCUUCCAUGAACUCUGCCUCGGUGGUCUUCAUGAUGAUCUUUGUCGUGAUCCAGGACAGCAUUGUGAUCCCAAUGGCCAGACGAUACACCGGAAACGUCGCCGGGCUCACGCAGCUGCAGCGCAUGGGCGUUGGCCGGUUCCUGGCGGUCCCGGCGCUGGUCGCGGCCGCGCUGGUUGAGAUGUGGAGGCUGCGCAGCAUCAGGGCCGGCCACAACCUGAGCAUAGCAUGGCAGCUCCCCCAGUUCAUGCUCAUCGCCUGCUCCGACGUGUUCUGCGGCAUAGCUCAGCUCGAGUUCUUCUACUCGGAGGCCCCCAUGUCGAUGCGGAGCCUGUGCUCGGCGUUCUCGUUCCUUGCGAUGUCGCUUGGAUAUUACCUGAACUCGAUGAUCAUCUCGGCCAUCGCUGCUCUGACGAAGGGCGGGGGCGGGCGGGGCUGGCUUCCCGCCGACCUGAACGACGGGCAUCUCGACUACUACUUCUGGCUGUGGGCGGGGAUCGGCGCGGUGAACUUUGUUGUGUACACGGCAUUCGCCAAGAAUUACACGAUGGCGUCCUCUGCUGGUAAUGGCAAGGAGAUGGCCGCGCUCGAGUCCGGCCAUGGGUCGUCGUCCUCCUCCUCCUCGUCGCCGGCCGCUGCUGCCAAGAUGACGGCGGUGGCGGGGAAACCGCGCCCCUUCACCUGGACAGGGCCUGCCAUUGUUAUGGGCUUCGAGUUGCUGGAGAGCAUCGCCUUCUCCGGCGUUGCGCUGAACCUGGUCAUCUACCUGGGCACCGUGCUCCAUGGCACCACCGCCUUCAACGCCGCCCACGUCGACACCUGGAACGGCACCACCUUCAUCGUCCCCGUCCUCGGCGCCUUCCUCGCCGACAGCUGCUGGGGCAACCCGGAGGAGAGCCGGAGGAAGCAGUCCUUCUUCACCUGGUUCUUCGGCGCCAUCAACCUCGGCAUCUUCGUCGCCGGGACGCUCGUGUCCUGGCUGCAGCAGAACGUGUCCUGGGCGCUCGGCUUCGGCGUCUCCGCGCUCUGCCUGCUCCUGGCGGCCGCGGGCUUCCUGGCCGGCACGCCCUGGUACAGGGUGCAGCUCCCCGCCGGCAGCCCGCUCAGGGACAUCCUCAGGGUGGUGGUGGCGUCCGUCAAGAAGAGGAAGACCAGGCUGCCUGCAGCCGCGGGUCAAGGUGACCUUGGCCUGCACGAGGUGGCGGAAGACGACGACCUGCAGAAGCUGGCGCACACCAAGGGGCUCAGGUGCCUGGACAAGGCCGCGGCGAAGGGCGGCGACGGCCGCGAAGGCCCGUGGAAUCUGUGCACGGUGAGCGAGGUGGAGGCCGUCAAGAUCCUGGCGCGCAUGGUGCCCAUCUGGGUGACGUGCGUGCUCUACGCGGCGUCCCUGGGGCAGAUGACCACCACCUUCAUCCAGCAGGGGAUGACCAUGGACAACAAGCUGCUCGGGAAGGUGAAGGUGCCGGUGGCGUCGAUGGUGUCGAUCGAGGUGGUGUUCAUGCUGCUGUGGGUGCUUCUGCACGACGCCGUCAUCAUGCCGCUCGCCAGGAGAUGGGGCCGAGCCGGGAGCGCCGGGCUGUCCCAGCUCCAGCGGAUGGGCGUGGGGAGGGUCCUGGUGGUUCUGGCGAUGGCGACGGCGGCGCUGGUGGAGAGCCGGCGGCUGCACGUGGCCGGCGCGGGCAGGAAGAUGGGCAUCGCGUGGCAGGUGCCGCAGUUCGUGCUGGUGGCCGGGUCGGACGUGUUCUGCGGGAUCGCGCAGCUGGAGUUUUUCUACGGGGAGGCGCCGGCGUCGAUGCGCAGCAUCUGCUCCGCCUUCUCCUUCCUCGCGCUGUCGCUGGGGUUCUACGUCAACUCGGUGGUGGUGACCGCGGUGGCGGCGCUGAGGCCCGGGUGGCUGGCGCGCGACCUCAACGAGGGGCACCUGGACUACUACUUCUGGCUGUGGGCCGUCAUCAGCGCCGGCAACCUGCUGCUCUACCUGCUGCUUGCCGCCCGAUACAUCGGGGAUCAGAGACUCCUAGCCACCAGAAACACAACGGAAACGAAGAACUCUAGCCUUCGGAAGGAUUCUAGAGGGGCAAUUGAUCAAGGGACUCCGUCGUCGCACCACCGCAUUGACGUGGCUUGA